GGCUCCGGCCCGCUCCGACCCGCACGACCUGGCGCUCUCCCAGCGUGCCGGGCGGGCGCAACCCGGACGCCCGCCGCCCCCGGACCCCCCCCCCGGCACGUGACGCGGGAGCCCGGUUCCUCACGUGACACUGCCUGCUGCGGGCCGGGGGCGGGGGGUGAGGGUGUCCCCGGGGUGCUCCCCGGCUGCCCCGCCCCCCCGCACGUGACGCGCGACCAUCGCGAGGAGGGCCGCCGCUAGCGGCAUCGCCGACCUCCCGGACGGUCGGCUUCCUACGGGAAGCCCGCCUGGAUUGAAGGAGGCCACCUACAACCCAGAGGACACACAGCAUGGCCGAAAACCGAGAGCCCCGCGGGGCCGUCGAGGCUGAGCUGGACCCGGUGGAGUACACCCUGCGGAAGCGGCUUCCCCACCGCCUGCCCCGGAGGCCCAAUGACAUUUAUGUCAACAUGAAGACUGACUUUAAGGCCCAGCUGGCCCGCUGCCAGAAACUGCUGGAUGGAGGGGCGCGGGGUCAGAACACAUGCAGUGAGAUCUACAUCCACGGCUUGGGCCUGGCCAUCAACCGCGCCAUCAACAUUGCUCUACAGCUGCAGGCUGGCAGCUUUGGGUCCCUGCAGGUGGCUGCCAAUACCUCCACCGUGGAGCUUGUCGAUGAGCUGGAACCAGAGACUGAUACACGGGAGCCGCUGACCCGGAUUCGUAACAACUCAGCCAUCCACAUCCGCGUCUUCAGGGUCACACCCAAGUGAUUGAGCUGAGGCUGACCCAUCUUACCCACCCACCCAGAUACAGCUAAGCUCAGAUGUGGCUCUUCUUGUACUGAGUACUGUCAUGGACCAGAGCCAUGUAGGAAAAAGCCUGUCCCCUUGCAGCCCAGAGGACUGUGAAUUGAGAGGGCGAAAAUUGUCUUUUGUUUUGCCCAAGCAGUGGGUCUUCCGGAAUCUUUGUGGUCUGUAACCAUUGUCCUAUACAAUAAAAAGUAUCAAGUUGUUUUGGU